AUGUAUGAUGUGGAACACCCAGCGUACAAAGAACUCGGCAAAAUCGGGCGAGAGAUCACGACCAAAGUCAAACCGAGUGCCGUCGUAGUGUUUUCCGCGCAUUGGCAAGGGGGUCGAGACACGAUCUAUGUAAACACGGCCGAGCAUACAGAACUGAUCUAUGACUUCUACGGCUUCCCGAGUCAUUACUACGAGGAAAAAUACCCGAAUGUGGGCAGUAAGACGGUGGCGCAGAAAGUGCUCGAUGCAUUGAAGAAUGCUGGAAUUGACGCCAAGGGCGUACAGCGUGGUCUUGACCAUGGUGUCUGGGCGAGUUUCAAGUGUGGGCGGAUAGCAUUCGAACCGGAGUCGAAUCCGUUGAACGUCCCCAUUGUGCAGGUCUCUCUGUUUGACUCCGAGGAUCCAAGCCAGCACUACCGACUCGGCCAAGCCGUUUCGCGCCUGCGAGAGCAGAAUAUCCUCAUCAUCGUGUCUGGAAUGGCGGUGCACAAUCUCCGUGAUUUACGAUUCGCGUUUGGGAAUUCGCGUCCCUUGCCAUACGCUGUUAGCUUUGACGAGGCUCUGAAGGACGCUGCGACCAAGUCAUCUGCGGAGCGGGAAAAGGCUCUCGUCGACCUUCUCAAGCGGCCGGAUGCCCGUCAGGCUCAUCCGACGUUUGAUCAUUUGCUGCCCAUUCAUGUUGGCGCGGGUGCGGCGGGCGAGGAUCGGGGUAAGAGACUCUGGACAAUGCCGGAGGGUAGCAUGAGCUGGGCACAAUACCGUUUCGGAGAGGUGGACACUGCCGGUGGAAGCUCAUUGUAG